CCCAGCUGUUGCGUAUUCCGAAGCGCAUCUGGGCACAGAACGGGGGGUUGCUGGCCUGCCCCUGCUCAACCGCCUUGCCAGUCUCCCAGGAUCCUGGGGUCAGCUGAGAGGGUGGAUGUGAAAGUCAGGCGUCUGCUUCCCUUUCAGGGUGCUUCCAGCAUUUCAGUUCCUUUUUUUAAAGAACUCUUGAUGCGUUUGUUUCAGAAAGACGUCCGGUUAAGUGAGGUUGUUUUUCCCCCCUCUUCAGAGUCCAGUUGUGUUAAUCCGGGAAAUCGAAAAUAGAGCACGUCUUACAUCCUCAGAACACUCUGGGCGACCCUGACAUUUUGAACUUUAGGAACUUUUCAAGGAGGGGCAGCUCGAGGGGAAAAAAGGAUGCCUAGAACCGUUCUGCAAUCUGCCACCGGCCGUGUGAUGAUCUAGAGGCAGUUCCCUUCCUCUCUCAGGGUCUCGGUUUGUUCUUCAGCCCAAAGGGAGGGGGUAGACAGAUGACCUCUGAACCUUGGGAGCCCCUGAUUUCUUUCGCUGUACCUGAUGUCAUUACUACGAACAUUGAUGCCCACCGUGUGCCAGGACUGAGUCUGGGAUGCCCAGACGAAGGAGACGCCCCUCCGCAGGCCCGCUGCUGGGUCUUCCCUCUGCCCCUCUGGUUACAAUGCAGAGCUCAGGUUUUGAGACUAGGGAAAGGGGAACUGGACUCUGCUGGGUCACCUGCCAGCUGCUGACAGCCACUUACACGCGAGGACGCUCCCCCAGGCCCAGCGUCCUCUGGUGUAAGCACAAUACUUAAGGAUUAGGGUUGUGAGCCUUAAACGAGGUAAGGCUUCGAAGCGCUUGGCAGCAGCAGGGAGUCCACCCAGACUGGGUCGUCCUCGUUUGGCUUCCCUGGGUCUCCGCCGCCUUCCCUCGGGCUUCUGCAGCGGCAGCCCGCCGCCUUGUGGCCAGAGUGGAGAACGGCAUCCGGCGGGCGGGGCUGGGCACCGCGGCGGGUUCCUGUCUCGCGCCCCUGCCAGCCGGCCAGGCAGCUUCUCUGGGAUGGGUGGUUGGAUCCCAGCGCUCUUCCCUCGCAGCACCCCGCCGUUUCCUGCGCAGGCUCCCGGUGGCGCACUUCCGGGCCUCUCCACAUUCUCUGUCCUGGUGACGGUGGGAGGGUGCCUGCCCAUCUGAACGGAGUCCCUGGAGGUGGGGGAAUGGCCUUGCUCUUUGAACCUCGCAUCUGGCCCAGGGUCUGGCUCAGACAGAGUGCACAGAGAGUGUGUGUUGAGGAGGUCAGAGGUGUGGCAGCCCUUUACCUAUGAGCCAGGGCUCUAUAGGUACGCCCAAGGGCCAACACCCAAGGCCCCAGGACAAAAGAGGAAGGAGAUUGCCCAGGUCCUGACAUCUCCUGAGAAGACGGAUCACCCCCGCUGCCAGAGCGCCUGCCUGGUGGCCCCUCUGCCCAUCCUUCCUCCAGCUCCCAGCAGGUUCCCAGUUGCAGUGGCAUCUGGGGGGAGGGGCACCGGUGAUGGGGGUAGGGGACUUACCCAGGGGGGAGCUAGGACAUUGGCCAGAGACAGGCAGCUCCCUGGCCCCGCUUGUGGCCCUAAUUCACUGUGUGACCUCCACAAGUCACCUUGCAUCUCUGGUCCUGUUUCCUUCCCUGUGCGAUGGGUGCAAUAAAACCACAUUCCCUGCACGGAGCUUUAUUCAAGAGGCAGCUGUGGGUCUCCCUGGUGCUCCACCCCCAUCAAAGUCCAGGGUAGGGAGUUGCUCCUGCCCUCCAAGGGAACCCCACCCCUGCUCUUAGUUGUCCCAGGUGGCAUUUACUCACCAUGACCCUCCAGGCCCAUUCACUUGUUCAUUAGGCAUGAACUAGCUAAAUACCUGCCAAGCCCUGGUAAGCCUUUGGAUCUAGAGAGGACUGAGGCACAGCCACGGUCCUAGGGGACUCACCCACUUGGAUAGGAGGCCAGCAAGAGAAGACAUGGGGCCGGGGCUCAGAGUGGAGCAUGGGGUUGGGAGUGGGUACCCACCCGGGCAGGGCCUCAUGGGCGCUUGCCAAGAAUGUGCACAUUAUCCUGCAGCCGCUGUGAGGCUUUUAGCAGAGACAGGAGUGGGACUGAGAAAAAAAUCCUUGUGGCCAGGGCUUCAAGCACGGCCGAAGCUCUUGGUGGUCUCGUGGGCAUGUGGUGGUAACAGAGGUUUGGGAGGUGGAUGGGCAGGGCCUGGGGGCCGAGGGAGGUGGGAGGGAAAUCGGGUUGAGUUUUAGAUUCCCGGCUGGCACUCGUGGGCAGACAGUGGUGCUGCUUACUGAGGAGGGGAUGACUUGGGGAGGAGCGGGGUGGAGAAAAGCUGGGGCCGCCUGGAUUUAGGUGCCAGACAAAGGGAAGAGAAGCGUGAGAGUGCUGGCUCAGAGGCCAAGAAGUGGCCAGAAGAAGGACGCACAGGAAGGUCACGUGAGAGAAAGGCCAUAUGACACUUAUCCGAAGUGGCCACUAGAAGUUCAGCUGGUCGGGGGGUGCUGAAGGCAGAGGGCAGUGGUCAAGAGAGAAGUGAGUGUGCAAUUUGAGCGUGUGGACAACGGGCAGGAGGAGAGACACAGUGUGGCCAGAGGGGGGUGUAGGUCAUGGAUGGAAACGUGGUCCCCACGUUCAGGUGGGUGGGCAGGAGAUGGGGAGCCUGAAGAUGGGGAGGAGGUCGUUGCUGAGAAGGGAUCUCAGAAGAAAGUGGGUGCAGAACAGAGGGGGCAGGAUGUGGGGAUGGCAUGCCAUGGGGGCACUGGGGAGUGUAUGGGGACACCCGUCUGUCAGGCAGCAGCUCAGGGCUUAGGGCAGGCUACCGGGCAGGGCCAGGGGCCCCCAGAACAGAGGGGCUCCUGCCGUGGAUGGUGUUUUACAGCCUUGCCACUCCCCAUGCACUCUAGUCGCACAUAUUGAGCACUUGGGGUGGGCUGGUCACUGUUCUGGACACUGUGGACAAAGUGUGGCAAGACGCAGUCCCAAAGGGGCUAAGAAUCCUGUGGGCUCUUGCUCAAAGGCUUAUACCCAGUGUUAAGCUCCCAGCAGCUUGGAAGGCAGGCAUGGACACCUCCAUUUGCCCUGAAUACAGAGGUUCAGGGAGGUUUAGUGACAGGAUGAAGCUUACACAGCCAGGAAGUGGCUGUGUCCAGGACAGUUCCAGGCCCCCUGACCCAAAGCCCCACCCUGGCCACCAGGUUCAGUUUCAGCCUUUAGGAUUGGCCACCAUGUUCCCCUCGGCAAGAACAGUACAAGCCGAAGGCAGGCAUGUGCUCCUUCUUCUGAGCAUCCUGUGUGCCCAGCCCUGCUGUGGAAGAGUUGAUGUCCCAGGAGAGGGGCAUCUCCUGUUCUCUUGCUGCCCAGGAGAGGGCAGAAGCAAACCCUUCUGAGAGGGGAGAGAGAGAGACAGGGGAGGUAAGCAGGGAUGACUCCUCCCCUCCCCUAAAGAGGCCACUCAGGGAGCCCUGGGAAGCCAGGCCAAAGCCAGUGCAAUAAAGGGGACUCUGAAACUCUUCCCGUGGCUGUGAUCCUGACUCUGGGACUCUUCCCGUGGCUGUGGUCCUGACUCUGGGAUUUCAGGGUGCGGUCACCAUCCCCGCCCAGGGUGGGAAGGCCCAGGCAGGUGGAGCUGGCCUGGAGCCCGCCCCUGUUGCUGGAGCAUUGGCCGCUGGGAGGGAAGUUCCAGCCAGGCUGCUGCACCUUCUUAUACAAGCAGCCCUGGAGGCGCCGCACCUGAGCUGGCAGCCCGGACUGGAAGGAGCCUGGGGCCUUCAUUCCUCCUCCUCUGCUGGGAACUGUGGACGACCCCCCGGAGCCCGUGUACGCGAACAUAGAGAGGCAGCCCCGGGCCACGUCGCCGAGCGCCGCUGCGGUCCCCCUCCCCAGCCCAGUGUGGGAGACGCACACGGACGCGGGCACCGGGCGCCCCUACUACUACAAUCCAGACACGGGAGUUACCACCUGGGAGUCGCCCUUUGAGGCUGCCGCCAGCCCAGCCACCUCCCCUGCCUCGGUGGACAGCCACGUGAGCCUCGAGACCGAGUGGGGCCAGUACUGGGAUGAGGAGAGCCGCAGAGUGUUCUUCUACAACCCGCUGACGGGCGAGACGGCCUGGGAGGACGAGGCCGAGAACGAGCCCGAGGAGGAGUUCGAGAUGCAGCCGGGCCUGAGCCCUGGCAGCCCCGGGGACCCGCGGCCCCCCACCCCGGAGACGGACUACCCCGAGUCACUGACCAGUUACCCCGAGGAGGACUAUUCUCCCGUGGGCUCCUUUGGUGAGCCCGGCCCCACCUCUCCCUUGACCACACCCCCCGGCUGGUCUUGUCAUAUCAGCCAGGACAAGCAGACGCUCUACACCAACCACUUCACCCAGGAGCAGUGGGUGAGGCUGGAGGACCCCCACGGGAAGCCAUACUUCUACAAUCCAGAGGACUCCUCCGUUCGAUGGGAGCUGCCCCAGGUCCCUGUCCCUGCCCCUCGAAGCAUCCAUAAAUCCAGCCAGGAUGAUGACACCCCAGCCCAGGCCAGCCCUCCAGAGGAGAAGGUCCCUGCAGAGCUGGAUGAGGUUGGGAGCUGGGAGGAAGUCUCUCCUGCCACAGCUGCUGUGAGGACCAAGACGUUGGACAAGGCAGGGGUGCUCCAUCGCACCAAGACGGCGGAAAAGGGAAAGCGGCUCCGAAAGAAGCACUGGAGUGCCUCCUGGACUGUGCUGGAGGGUGGCGUCCUGACAUUCUUCAAGGACUCAAAGACCUCAGCUGCAGGCGGCCUGAGGCAGCCUUCCAAGUUUUCCACCCCCGAGUACACAGUGGAGCUGAGGGGGGCCACUCUCUCCUGGGCCCCCAAAGACAAAUCCAGUAGGAAGAAUGUGCUGGAGCUGCGGAGCCGAGAUGGCUCGGAGUACCUGAUUCAGCAUGACUCGGAGGCUAUCAUCAGCACCUGGCAUAAGGCCAUUGCUCAGGGCAUCCAGGAGCUGUCCGCAGAGCUGCCCCCAGAGGAGGAGAGCGAGAGCAGCAGAGUGGACUUCGGGGCGAGUGAGCGCCUGGGAAGCUGGCAGGAGAAAGAGGAGGACGCGCGGCCGAAUGCAGCCGCGCCCGCCCUGGGCCCCGGGGUCCUGGAGAGCGACUUGAGCAAGGUCCGGUACAAGCUCCGCAAGUUCCUCCAGAGGCGGCCCACACUGCAGUCGCUGCGGGAGAAGGGCUACAUCAAAGACCAGGUGUUCGGCUGCGCGCUGGCCGCGCUGUGUGAGCGCGAGAGGAGCCGGGUGCCACGCUUUGUGCAGCAGUGCAUCCGCGCCGUCGAGGCCCGCGGGCUGGACAUCGACGGGCUGUACCGCAUCAGUGGAAACCUGGCCACCAUCCAGAAGCUGCGCUAUAAGGUGGACCAUGAUGAGCGCCUUGACCUGGACGACGGGCGCUGGGAGGACGUUCACGUUAUCACCGGCGCCCUGAAGCUCUUCUUUCGGGAGCUGCCCGAGCCCCUCUUCCCCUUCUCGCACUUCCGCCAGUUCAUUGCGGCCAUCAAGUUGCAGGACCAGGCCCAGCGCAGCCGCUGUGUGCGCGACCUGGUGCGCUCGCUGCCGGCCCCCAACCAUGACACUCUGCGGAUGCUCUUCCAGCACCUCUGUCGGGUGAUCGAGCACGGCGAGCAGAACCGCAUGUCGGUGCAGAGCGUGGCAAUUGUGUUCGGACCCACGCUGCUGCGGCCAGAGGUGGAAGAGACCAGCAUGCCCAUGACCAUGGUGUUCCAGAACCAGGUGGUGGAGCUCAUCCUGCAGCAGUGCGCGGACAUCUUCCCGCCGCACUGACUGCGGGCCUGCGACUGGGGCGGCGGCCGAGGGCCUGCCACACAAGCUGGGCGGCCUUCUCUCUGGGACCUUCCGCCAGCGCACAGCCGCAGGCAGGUGUGACUUCUGCUCCCUCGGUUCUGAGGGUACGGUGACCCCUAGUGGGCAGUUUGCAAAAUGUGAUUCCUUCCUCCAACUCCCUAUCACCCUCGCCACCCCUCUCCCCUCCCCCCUCCCCCCCCACCCGUCACGUCCUAUUUGGGGGUUAAUUAGGUUUUUUCUCUAUUCCAUCGCUCCUACUGUGCGUGCGCGAUAGUGUAUGUGGGGGUGACAGUUGGAAUUUCUGGAAUGGUGGAUGCUGGGGGGUAGGAGUUUGAUGGGGGGCUUCCUGGCUGCUUCUGGCCCUCACCUCGUGGAGGCCUUCACAGAGACCCUGUGGACCCUGUGCCGGCACUGUCCAGUCAUGAAGCAGCUGUAACCACUUCCGUACUGUGGAAACAGGACUGACCCAGUGUGGGCGGCUGAAGCUGUCCUCAGGCCUCAGGGAUGACCUCCUGCCUGAGCCUCUCGCACGGCUGGCUGUGCGCCAGUUUCAUCUGCUUUCCUGUUGGGGGUCCCGGGCCUCUGCUGUCCCCGACCCACUGAUAUUCUGUGCCAGGCUUCUUCCUAUUCACCAAGUGCGCACCUCACAUCUGCCACUGGGCAUGCACCAGUUCCACACACAAUCCCAUUUUACAGACGAGGAUGCUGAGGCCUGCAGCGGCAAUGUGACUUGCUCAAGGUCCAGUGAGUGACCUCACUCCCCAGAAAAGGCACCUCCCACACCAGAGCACAGCCUGGGUAGGGGGGAAAUCAGUCCUUUCAGCUACCACCCUCCAACCUUUGGGCCUAUGCGAAAGGAAAGGAACUAACCUGGGUGUGUUCUGUCUGGACCUGGGGAGGCCCCUGAAGGCAAAGAGGGAACCUGCCCCAGCUGUUCUGUCCUAGAGUAGGGGGACAUAGCCCUAGCAGGAGCUUGCAGCCCCUUUUGGCACUCUGACACACAAGUAUGCCCAUCUGGGGCCCGCUUUGCCAUGAAGAGCUGGGCAGGCCUGCAGGGUGUGGGGAAGGAGGACACAACCUCAAGAAAGGAAACAUGAAUCCCAGGGAACAGCGGGUCCCUUCCCUCCUCAGACACAAGCCACCUCAGCUUGUGGCUCUUGGCCCCCAGCCCCUCCCACCCACCUGUUCAUUUAUUCAACAGACAAUGACAGCUCAUAUUUAUUGGACAUUAGCACCAUGCCAAGCAUUUGGCUUGGAUUAUCCCAUUUGUUUCUCACAGCCGGUAUUUAUUGUCCGCUCUUCUGUGCCAGGUGCUGUGCUCUGGGCACGGGCACUGCACAGGCCCUGGUGGAGCUUGUGGUCUGACAGGUGAGGCUGACCCAAGCCCACCUCACUGUCAGCAGGGCCAGGGCGAGAGUACACACGGGGGCGUCACACCAUAUGUCUAAAUAUUUAAAAGUUAUCAAUCAAGCUAACAACUGUUAAAUAAAAUAUGUUCUAUUCUCCUACUUUGA